AUGGAGAGUGGAUCACGCCGCAAACAGCUGCGACCUGCACGAGUGAACGACGACGACGAGCAGCCGUCUCCUCCUGUCACCACCGUACUACGAUCUACCGUAGUGUCACCAAGCCAAAUGAGUACGUCCAAUGGUCGAUCGCCAUCGGUCAACGACAACACUCAGCCGAUGUUCAUGAAUAACGUCAAGUUCGAAGUGGACGAGGAUGAAGCGCCCACCGGCAUCGAAAUGAUGUCGGGUGAAACUCGUGGACCUUUCCCUGUCAAGGAGCUCAGAAUGUCCAACAGUGAAGCUGAGUUCGCUAUCACGUUGGUCGACCAAAUGGGUAACAAGCACUAUUUCGACGUGGAUUCCAUAGAUCCUUUAAUAAAAAGGAUCAAACCCUGUCCUAACGCCCUCGAAGCAAACUGCAUUCUCUUUCAUGUCGGUCUCCGGGAAGAAGAUAUGGAGUGCGUUGUAUUGAAAGAAUUCCUCUCAUCCAGUGAUUUUCCCUGA